AUGCCGCCCACCCGCCGCAACUCCACCGCCAAGCGCACUCGGCGCUCCAUCAGCACAUCCCCGGGCCCCGCAUCCUCUGGCUCAGCCUCCAAGCGGCAGAAGACUACACACCGCCGCGGCUCGCGCGCCAGCAUGAAAGAGACCGAGACAAUCGACCUCGCGGACGGAGAGCCCGAAGAUGGCCGGCUGAAGAACGUGCUGGAGAAACAGCGGAUCGAGGCGGUGGCGGCGCAGGGGCUGAACGUACCGAAGGACGGGAGCGGCGAGACGCAGGGGAUCAGCAGUAUCUGCUGUGUAAUCUGCAUGGACAACAUGACGGAUAUGACGGCGACGAGUUGUGGCCACGUCUUCUGCCAUGCCUGUCUUCUACACGCGCUCAUCGCAGGCGAAAACAGAGCCGGCCCGGGAGAGACGAAGCGGUCGCAGUGUCCUGUGUGCAGGAAACCGCUGAACCGGAAAAAGCAGGCGGAUAUCAUCCCCCUGUUGCUCAAGAAAGGCCUGCAGACGCAGCCGAGAAAGAAAGCCGCGCAGGAGGAUCCAGGCUUGAGACGACGAUGA